AUGUGGCAAAAGGCUCCUGGAUUCUUAGAGAAACUUAGAGAGGUAUGGCAGGAGCAAGUUUAUGGAGCUCCAAUGUUUCAACUAGUACAGAAAUUGAGGAAGUUUAAAGGAAAGUUGAAAGAUUUAAAUAGGGUGGAAGUAGGAGAUAUCAAUGUGGCUACCUCAUUAAAGUUACAGGAGCUCCUUUCCCAUCAGUCGGAACUUCAAAAUAAUCUGAGGGAUAAGGAGCUUAUCAUCAAAGAAAAGGAGGCUCGGGAGAGGUAUGAAGAAGCUCAUUCAAAUCUCAUUUCCUUCCUUCGGCAAAAAGCUAAAUUGCAUUGGCUUAAGGAUGGGGAUGAGAAUACAUCUAUAUUUCAUGCGAAUGAAGAUGUUAAAAAUGCCACUUUUGCAAUUCCGGGAAACAAGUCACCACGCCUGGAUGGAUACAACAGCUUCUUUUUCCAAGACAAUUGGGAAAUGGUAGGGGAAGAUGUGUGCAAAGCUGUGCAGUCUCUUCUACACUCAGAUUACCACAAAGUUGAUCUGUUCUCGGCUGAGGAAGGUGCUGCUACACAUAAUUGCUCAGAAUCAAAGUGGCUGGUUAUGAUAUGUGUGAGAACUCCAAGGUUCAGCCUCAUGUUUAAUGGUUCUUUACAUGGCUUUUUAGAAGCUAAAAGAGGCUUGAGACAAGGAGACCCGAUGUCACCCCUGUUAUUUGUGCUUGGGAUGGAAUAUUUAUCCCGAAUUCUAAUGAAAAUAGACAAGAAGGAGGAGUUUAAGUUCCAUGAUAGAUGUGAGGAACUCAAGCUGAAUCAUUUAUACUUCGCGGAUGAUGUUCUGCUUUUUUGUCAUGGUGAUUUCAAGUCCAUAUACCGCCUGCUACAAGGUUUGAAGCUCUUUUCUCAAUCUUCAGGCUUGCAGCCAAGUGUGGAAAAAACAUCCAUCUAUUGUGCUAACAUGAAUGAAUAUGAAGUACAGCGAGUGAUCCAAGUAUCAGGCUUUCAGAGAAGCUCCCUUCCCUUUACUUAUUUGGGGAUUCCUGUCUGUGCAAAUAAAAUACCAACUGCGGAAUGUGAGGUGAUUCUUGAAAGGAUGGUUCAACGAAUUAGAGUUUGGAGCUCAAGGAACCUUUCUUAUGCGGGAAGAGCUACAUUGGUGAACUCAGUUCUUAUGGCUAUCCAUUCAUAUUGGGCGCAAAUCAUGACCAUUCCUAAGAAGGACUUACAUAGAGUUAAUACAAUAUGUAGGAACUACUUAUGGAAAGGUAUGGUUGACUCAACUAGUUUGGGUCAGGUUGCAUGGGAAGAAAUGUGUCGUCCUAAGAGUGAAGGGGGCUUGGGAUUCAGGCGGAUUACCAAGUGGAAUGAGGCAGCUAUUGGCAAGUACGUUUGGGCAGUGGCUUCGAAACAAGAUACACUAUGGGUACAAUGGGUACAUGCGGUCUACAUAGGUGAUGGGGAUUGGUGGUCCUAUACGACCCCAAGUACCAGUAGUUGGUACUGGCGUCAGAUCGUUUGGGUGAAAGAAGCAUACAAGCAACUCAACUUGGUCCAAUUGAUCUCAUUGGGUAAAUACAAAAUUAAAGAAGGGUAUACUCUCCUUUGCUCAUCUCAUUCGAAAGUCCAUUGGAGAAAGGAGGUGUGGAAUAGACUUGCCAUACCAAAGCAUAGAUUUAUUCUAUGGCUCUCGGCCCUUGAUAGAUUACAGGUGAAAGAGAGGCUUCACAGGUUCAAGAUAGCCCAAGAUGACCAAUGUGUAAUGUGUGGAAUGAGUAAUAAGGAAACUAGAGAUCAUUUAUUCUUUGAUUGUCAUUUAAGUAAUCUCAGUUUUCUUAGCAUAAAAGAAUGGCUAGAUUGGAAGGUGUCUACAACAACAGUUCCAAAACUGUUAAGAUGGAUUGCUCGGGCAAAGUUCUCACCUUUCAGGAAACAGGAUCUGGCAGCGGCACUUGCAGCUACAGUAUACCAGAUAUGGCAUUGCCGGAAUGAUGCAAUAUGGAACCAGCGGGUUUGUACGGUUUUGGUGCUCACAAAAAGAAUACAAAGUGAUGUGAAAAAUAGAAUAUAA